GAGUGAGAAGCGACAGAUAGUCAAAGCAGCCGACAACAUUUGGACAUUGUUUAAGUUUGUGAGGACUUCUCGGUGACAGUUUGGAACUUUUUCUUCUUCUGAUAUCACCAUGACACUGUCACCCGCGCGCGAGCGUCGCGAUAAACACGGUUUAAGGCCUGUGGAGCGGAAGUGAGAGAAGAGAGAAGUUGUUGAGGGGGUGAAAGAAGAAAAAAAAGGUGAUUUUCUUCUGUCAAGUUCAAGUCCAGUUUCAUCUUUGUGGAGGACGGCGGGCUUUAGCGUUUUUGGGGGGCAUGGACACCCACGUUAAGGAGGGACAGCUUUAUGUGCAACACCAAAAGUUUGGAAAGAAAUGGAAGAAGAACUGGUUCGUCCUCUACCCUGCCAGCCAAAAUGGCAUCGCCCGCCUCGAGUUCUUCGACGCUCCUGGUGGUGGAGGUGGAGGUGGCGGAGGCUCCGUAGGCGGGUCCAAUGAGAAGACCAGGAAGCUGGACAAGAAGAUCAUUCGCUUGUCCGAGUGCAUUUCCAUCCUGCCUGCACUGACGGAGAGCUGCCCCAAAGACAACAUGGCAGCGUUUUGUGUGGAAACAAACGAUAAGACGCACGUGUUUUCAGCAGAAAAGGCUGUUGCCAAGGAUUGGAUGGAUACCAUGUGUGACAUUGCAUUUCAGGGCGGAAGUGGCAGCAGUACCAGCGGUGCUGUAGACUCUAAUGGAGGACCCCAGGACCUGCAGAUGGCCGAGAACCUCAUCUACUACUCCAGAGAGGAGGUAAAUUUAUUAUUCAGAUCUAAUCAGAAAACUUGAAAAUGAAGCGAAGUUCACUGGAAAAAGGAAGUGCUGGGACUUCUGUUGCUUCUGUUUCAUUUUGAAAUUUGUUCAAUCCCUUCUGUAACAGACACACUUAACUCUAAAUUAACCUUUUUUUUUUUCUUUUUCCAGGUCAUGUUUUCAUUCGAGGCGGGCCGACGGUGCGACUCAGGCCCUGGCACCUUCACCUUUGAGACCAAACAAGGGAACGAGAUCUUCAUACUGGUCGACCAGGCGAUCCAGUCACAGAAAGCUCUAGCUGAAGAGCGCCGCCUCAGCAGCCCUUUGAACUCUGAAUCAGACUGCCCAGCAUCGCUUCAACAUCUCCGCAAUACCAUUUCUGCCAGCAUGGCGACGGGAAGCGGCGACAGCAGCAGCUGCAGCAGUCGCGAGGCCGACGGGGAUUCGGGCGGGAGCAAACCAGGCUCGGCUGACGGCGUGCUUGGAAAGAGAGACGGAGGAGACGGAGGAAGGGUGCAAGGAGGUGGAACGGGACUUAAAGGGAGGAGUUUACCAGAGCCUCCAGGGAUGUUGGGGGUGUUGGGAGGUGCAGGGACACCUCCGCGGUCUCCCAAAGGACAUGUGGGCAAAGGUGUGUGCUUAGCUGAUGAAAGCACAGGCCUUUAUUCUGAACCAGCUGAUUCAGUCCGUUUGCCUCUGCAAAGCGCUGAUUGUCUCUAUUCUGACCCGGUGGACAGCAUCAAGGGUCAGAACCAAACCAGCAGCCCAUCCACAGCCACCGCUCCAGUGCCCACUCCACGCCAACGACCAGUAGGCGACGAUUCUGUGGGAGCGGGCGUCCAAGGGGAUCACCCGUCAGGCAGUAACCACAGGAAGCACCCAGAUCUGUACUCGCAUGUGUACGAUCAGAUCACUAUGGAUCUGAACGCACUGAGUCUGAACGGGGGUGUAGGGAAAGGACGAGGGGGAGGACGGGCGGUGAACAAUAGCAGGCGACCCCCAGGAGGUAACGCAGAAGGAGCUCCGUCACCUCCCGCCUCUUCCCAGGAGCACAUAUAUGACGAACCAGAGGGUUGUGCAAAAGGAAGCAUACCCGCUAGCUUAGGAAUGCUUUUUUAUGACAAAGCUCACGCGGAGCCUCACAGCCAGAGGAGACAAGAGGAGACGGUGACCCCGUCAGGACAGGAGGGGAAGCAGCCUCAGAGACAAUCCCCUCCCCAGUUUGGCCAGGGCCGUGGCACGCCACAGCCUCCGACGCCGCGGUUCCCCAAGCCCCUUACCGCUCCCAAGCCAGGCAGGGGUGGUUUUGCUCGUAAGGAGCCGGUUCCUCUGCCCCCUGGAAAACAUGGAGGUCCCGCCAAUAAUGUGAACAACAACAACAACAUUUGGGGUGGUGGUGAUAGUGGAGACAGGGGGAAAGUGGUGUACAGCAAAGUAUCAAAAUCGAAGGCUCCAGCUACUACUAUGUGGUACAGCCAGCACCAACAAGCACGGCUGAGAGCACCCGACAUCAUUUAUGACAACCUGGGAGAUAUUUGACACGAAUCGCUUUUUUCAAAGAGGUAAGAUGACGCUGAAAGACACAUUUUUGGUCAGUGCCUGCGGGCUUUUCCAAAGGACUGAGUGCAUUUCGCAUUUCUUCCGGCGGCAGACUGGAAUAAUGAUUUGAGACAGCGGAUUAGCUCACAGCCACGAGAAAACCACAACAUGGCUGUAUUUUUUGAAACAUGCUGUGCAGCUAUAGCAGGGCCACCCUGCGCUUGUGUGUGUUCCAGAAAGAGAGAGUGAGUGUUUGCCUGGUCAAACCCAUAAUUGGCGUACCCAAGCCGCAGUGUGGGCAAAGCCAGCCACUUCAUUUGAACGAACACACGCACACGCACACAUAAAGGAGCCGAAUGGAUGUGCCAACAAGAGUCUCUGCUUACGGGCUUGACUUGAAGAUGCUGGGAGAGUGGCUUGGCUCUUCUUUUCUCAACCGCUGUAGCUGCGAAGUGACCGAAGAACAUGUUUUUUUGCACUGCUGCUUUCUCCGUUUCUCUGAAAUGCGUGACGGACACAAGUCAUUGUUUGACAGUGAGACGAGGGACACACCAAAAGGAACCAGUCAUUGUCUGUUUAUGUUUUCCGGGCUGAUAUAUUCUCUCAAAUCUCACCAAAAUGGGAAGAUGGCUUUUUUCAGGCCAGGACACUAAUAUGAGAUGUGGUCGCACUGGAAGAGCCGCUGUUUAAAAAGGACAAAAAAUAGCAGCUGGUUUAGUGAAGCCUGAAAAGUGGAACUGUUAAGACGGCUUCAGAAUCACUGAAACAAUCUCGUGGCCAUUAAAUCACAACUUCCUGCACAAGUUUAAUAUUUGGUAAAAUCCUGUAUAUUUCUGUGUUUUCACAAACUAAAUAUGAAACUAAUCAGUCCUCCGCAGUGUAAUAAGUAUGUGUGUGUAUGUGUCCAAAAAAGCUGUGCUGUCUGUAAAUAUAACUAAUAAUAAAAGUGGCUCUACAAAUUUAAA